UAGGAAUAGCAGUAUUAGUACUAAUUUUUUGAUCUAAUAAUUUAUAAUUGAUCUAAUAGAUUUUCUGCUGUAACUGCAAACCUUGUAUGUAUCAUGGGUUUUAAAGUUAGUUGUUAUAGAUGUUAAUCUUGCUGCUAUAGUCCCUAAUCCUUUGGUUUUUUUAGCUAAGAUAGUUGAGCUUUUUUUUAGCUCUUUCAACGGUUUUAAUUAUAUGAUUGUUCAAUAUCUUUCUUUCAGAAAUAGCAACGUUUUGGAAAAAUCUAUAAGCUGCUUUAAUUUGAUGCCAAUCUUCACAAGCCUGAUUUAUUAAACGCUCAGCAAAACUAUUAAUUAUUUUUAAAAGUCUCCUACUUAAUCUUAUAUCACCAAAAUUAACAAUUCCAAAUUCAUUUUCUGCCAAUUUGCCAUUUUCAGACUAUAGAUCUAUUUAUAAUAGAAAGUAGAAUUCGUUAAAUAGCAGCUUCUUCUCCAUUUUUAGAUUUAUGCGACAAGACAGAAAAUAUUGAAACAGAUACUUAUUGAAAUACCGUUUUACUCAUAAAAAGAUAGUGAGUCGAUAUGUUAGCAGGGGGUAAAGAGUCCGGUAAAUCACCUAGUAGUGGGAGCAUUCUAAACAAGCCAGAUUUCGUUACUAGAGAUCCUAUUUCCAUUUUUAGUAGGGUAAAAAAUGCAAGUGAUAAAGAGGAAAAAAAGAAGCUUAAUCAACUUUUAGAGAUACUAAGGAUGAAAUUGCCUGAGGGCUUUAAGAUAGGAGCUGCUGUAGGUGAAGAGGAUUGUUUCUUUGAUUCCAUAGCUCAAGGAUUGGACGAGCUAAAAGAUAAAGGUCUGAUUGCAGGUAGUAAAGGAUUUAGUGUAAAGUCUUUGCGGGAAAAUUGUAAGCAAUAUGCACAACAAGUUAAUCAAUCAAAAAAAGGUUCAUGGUUGAGUAGUGCUUUAAAAGGAGAAGGUGAAAAACUUUGUGAAUAUAUUCCGCGUAUUGAAUUUACUGCAGAAGAUAUUGACAAUACAUGCUCUGGUUCAAGAACAAAAAUUCAAAAGUUAGAAAAUGCUAUAUGGGGACGACCUGAAGUUGAAGGAAAAAUGAUAUGCGAAAAGUAUGGCGUGAAAGUUAGGACUAUAGAAUUGAGAGAUAAAGAGAUAGAUGGUUUAGAUGUUAUUAAAAGUAAGGUAGGUACAGGUAACAAUGUUAUUUACAUAGUGAAUUACAAGAACCAUUUUGUACCACUUCUUAGUAAUAUUAAAAAAGAUAUAAAGAGAAGCAUAAAAGUAUCUAGAGAGGAAGCUUACGGUAAUGUAAUAGGUUCAAGUUCAAAAAAUAUUUCUCAAUCUUUCAUUUCUACACCAUUACAACACAUUGAAAACCCCACAUACAGCCAAAGUGAUUGCUCAAGAAGUCCUGGUAAGGAAAAUCAUAAAACGGGUAGGAAACGUGGGCGUUCUGUUACGGAUAAAGAUAAUAAAGCACCAAAAAGGGCGCGCAUGGAUGUAAAUGUUGUUAGUAAUGAAGAUUUAGAAUCUUGUAGUGAUUUACAGGAUAGACCCGAACAGGAUGAACUGCUUAAUGCUAAACGACACAUUCCUCAUCAUUUGAUUGAACUUAUGUAUCAGUUAGACUUAUCAGUGUUGUGCUUACUUAGAAAGUCUACAUAUGAACAUAAAUAUCCUUUAUUGUCAGUAGCGUUUGGAGAUGAUGAAAUUGACAAAUUUAGUAAUAUUGUUCUGCGCUAUAAGGAGAAGUCUAUUCAUAUACAAGUUCAAAAUCUGGAUAAUUAUAUAGAUAGUAAUAUCAGUUAUACUAGGUUAUUUAACAAAGAAAGACGAAGUGCUUCUAUUAAUAGUUACUUUGAUAGUUUUGUUAAACAUCUAAUCUCUAAGUCAGAUAGUUUAUAUAAUGUGAAAUAUCUUAUUGUCUAUACUAAUUCAGGCUUGGAUCUUACAGAAGAAAAGGAAUUAAAACAAGGACGAUCCAAAAACUAUUAUCCUUUUAAAUUUUGUAGCAUAAAUGUAGAGGAAAAUGACAUUCUAAAAAACUUUUUAUUUACAAGUAAUGACAUACAAGGGCAUGGUUUUUAUCAGUUCUCACAAGAUAAAACCACGAGAGAAGAACUCUUAAAGCGAUUAGAAUUCUCGCCUGCCGUGCAGAGAGUAAUAAAAAAAAGAGAGUUUUCUCAGGGAUUUGAAAAAGAAAUAAAAGAAGCAUUUCUAGAUAAAUUAGUAUUUGCAGUUAAUCAACCUAAUAGAGAAGAGUUGAACAAUAUUAUUAGAAGUGAAAUGAAAAGAAAUAAUGAAGUUCAUGACAAUUAUAUUACACUACAAGAAACAAUAUUAAGUAAUUUAGAAGAGCAUAAAAAACUUGGAAACUAUAUAUCUGGAAUUAUAUAUGAAUUUAAUUUAUUAAUGCUCUUUUUGCAUGACAUGUUCUUGAAUAAAAAUAUAUUUUCCAUAAAUUUUGAAGGAGAAAACCUUGACACACCUAAUAAUAUUACUAUCAAUUAUAAAGGUAGGCCUACUUACUUGGAGGCACACAAUGCAGAUAGUAACAUUGAUUAUAGUCAGUUAUUUCCGUCCAAACAACAGAAUAAUACGUUUUCUCUUGAUAGGCUUUUUACACUUUUUGUUGAAAACUUAGGAGAAAGUAUAGAAUAUUUUAUUAUCUAUACUAAUGCAGUUCUAGAUCUUACGGAAGAAAUGGAAUUAAAACCGGGGCAAUCUAAAGAUUUUUAUCCUUUAAAAUUUGAUAUUAUGAAUAUGCGAAAGAAGAAGUUUAAAAUUUUAAAGGAUUACUCAUGUAUAGGUGGGAAUGAUCUUUAUCAAUUUUCGCAAGAGGAAAAAACAAGAAAAAAGCUUUUAGGUCUAUUAAAGCUUCCACCUUCUUUACAGAAUGUGAAUGAAAAAGAAACAAAAGAGAAAUUUUUAGAUACAUUAGUAUUUGUGGUCAACCAGUCUAAUAGGGAAGAGUUGAAUAGUGUUAUUAGAGAUAAGAUAAAUAAUCAGUCUAAUAUUCCAUAUAAUUGCGACGAGUUACAUGAAAUAGCAUUACGUUGGUUAGAAUCUCAUGAGUUUGGUCCUGUCAGAAAAGAAAUAAUAGAAAAGCUUUUAGAAGAUAUCAAAAAUAAAAGGUCUAGUUAUCAGGAGAUUCAAAAUAAAGACAUUAAUGAGGAAUUUAAAUUUGCUAAAAGUGUGGUUGGCAGAGAAGGAACGUCUGUGUUUUAUCAGUUUUUAGGUUUUUUAGUGAAAGGAGAAGGAAAAAAGUGUCUAGAAGUUCUUAAAAGAGAAGGAAUAAAUCUAUCUACUGUAUCCAGUAUUUUGCAUGGAGCAGGAGAUAGUGCUGUAAAAGCUUUUAGAGACUUAUAUGACUUUUGGUUUGAUGGAAAAGGAAAUAAAACGCAACACUUGACAACUCUAGAAGAAGGAAUAAAUCUAUCUAAUAUAUCAAGCAUUUUGCAUGGUGCAAGAGCUAAUGCUGCAAAAGCUUUUAAAGACUUGUAUGAUCUUUGGUUUGAUUCGAACGGAAAAAAAACAAAAUAUUUAAUAAAACUAGAAGAAAAUGGAGUAGACCUAGUUCGUGUGUCCAGUAUUUUAAGUGGAGCAGGAACUAGUGCUGCAAAAGCUUUUAAAGAUUUGUACAACCUUUGGUUUGAUAAAAAAGGAAAUAGAACACAAUAUUUGAAAAUUCUAGAGGAAGAAGGAAUAAAUCUAUCUAAUAUAUCCAGUAUUCUAGGUGGAGCAGGAACUAAUGCUUCUAAAGCUUUUAAAGACUUAUAUGAUCUUUGGUUUGAUGAGCAAGGAAACAAAAAACAACAUUUAAAAACUCUAGAGCAAGAAGGAAUAAAUCUAUCUAAUAUGUCUAGUAUCUUGCAUCGAGCAGGAGCUAAAGCUGCAAAAGCUUUUAAAGACUUAUAUGGGCUUUGGUUUGAUGAGCAAGGAAAUAAAAAACAAUAUUUAAAAACUCUAGAGAAAGAAGGAAUAAAUCUAUCUAAUGUGUCCAAUAUACUAGGUGGAUCAGGAGCUAAUGCUGCAAAAGCUUUUAAAGACUUAUAUGAUCUUUGGUUUGAUAAGCAAGGAAAUAAAAAACAAUGUUUAGAAGCUCUAAAAGAAAACGGCAUAAAUCUAUCUAAUAUGUCCAGUAUUUUAAGUGGAGCAGGAUCUAGUGCUGCAAGAGCUUUUAAAGACUUAUAUGACUUUUUCUUUGAUAAGCAAGGGAAUAAAAAACAGUGUUUAAAUGCUUUAGAAAAAAGGGGAAUGAAUCUAUCUAAUAUGUCCAGUAUUUUAAGUGGGGCAGGAUCUAGUGCUGCAAAAGCUUUUAAAGAUUUAUAUGACUUUUGGUUUGACAAGCAAGGAAAUAAAACGCAAUAUUUAAAAACUCUAGAGGAAAAAGGAAUAAAUCUAUUUACUGUAUCUAGUAUUUUACAUGGAGCAGGUACUAGUGCUGCAAAAGCUUUUAAAGAUUUAUACAACCUUUGGUUUGAUAAAAAAGGAAAUAAAACACAAUAUUUGAAAACUCUAGAGAAAGAAGGAAUAAAUCUAUCUAAUAUAAACAGUAUUCUAGGUGGAGCAGGAAGUAAUGCUCCUAAAGCUUUUAAAGAUUUAUGUGAUCUUUGGUUUGAUGAGGAAGGAAAUGAAAAGCAGUAUUUAAAGCAUUUUAUUGAGAAAAGAGAUGAGGAAAAAACAUUUACGAUGUAUAAUUUAUCUAGUAUUUUAGGUGGAGCAGGAGCUAGUGCUAAGUAUGCUUUUGAAAAAUUUCAUAGUGUUUGUUUUGAUAAGGAAGGAAAAAGAACACAACUUUUAGAUGAUUUCUAUGAGGCAGGUUUUGAGCCAAGUAAUAUAUCCUGUAUGCUAUGUAAAGCAGCAGUUCAUACUUCUUCCAUCUUUAAAAGGUUGCAUAGCGUUUGUUUUAAUAACGACGGAAACAGAACAAAACUUUUAGAUGACUUCUAUAAGGCAGGUUUUAGGCCAUGUGAUUUAUGCAGUAUAUUAAGUGGAGCAGCGGAUUGUAUAGAAAAAUUUCACGAUUUUUGUUUUGUAGGAGAAACAAAAAAAUAUUUAAACCAUUUCUUGAAUGACAAAAAAGGUUUUACGCUGAUCAAUUUAUGUAAUAUAAUGCAUGGAGUAAGAGCUAAUAUUUGUUCUGCUUUAAAAGAUUUUCAUGAUGUUUGUUUUGAUGAGGUAGGAAACAAAACGCAGCUUUUAGCUGAUUUCCGUAAGGUGGGUUUUAAGUAUAGUUAUUUAUCCAAUAUAUUGUCCAUGUCAGGAAAUAAUGCCACUUCUAUUCUAAAAAGUUUUCAUAAAGUCUAUUUUUAUAAAGAAAAUCAUUUAAAUCACUUCUUAGCCGAGAAAGAACUUUUUACGCCAAAGGGUUUAUCCAAGAUAUUACAUGGAAUAGGACUUAAUAUUUGCCCUACCCUUGAAAAAUUGUAUGAUCUUUGUUUUAAUAAGGCAGGCAACAAAACAGAGUAUUUAAGCAAUCUUAUCAAAAAUAAUCAGCAUGAGAUGUUUAAUAUAUUAUAUAAAAAGGUCAGAAAAGCUUCUUUUGCUUUCUUAGAUGAACAGAGUAUUAGUGAAGACGACGAAAUAACUAAUGUAGGCCUUGAGUCAAGUAACUCAUCUGGUAGAACGGAGCAAGGACUGAAUUUAGGUAAUGCACAACAAAAUGAUCAUAAAGUUAAGAGAAAAACCAGAAAGCAGCUAUAAGAAUCAUGUCAGACAAUUUCUUCUUAAAGUUGUUUUGUUUCAGCUGGAGGAAGACCAGUAAAUUCAGCUACCAUGUCGACAGAUUUUAGCCUAUUGUUCAUCCUCUGCAAUAACCUAAUUUCACAAUUUUUAAGUUUGAUUUGGAUGCCUCUUUCUUUCCCAACCUUAAUACCCUCAUCAAAUUUUUUAGCGAAAGCAGCUACCUCAUCCAUUGAACAUUUUUUUUCUUUGCUCAUAUGCUAGUAAUUCUUCUUGUGACCAAUUAAACUUAUUCAUCUCUUCAAAUGUUCGUUUUAUUAUUACGUCACUGCUAACUAUUUCAUCUAAGUUCUCUUCUCUUGUUUCCGCUGCAUAUCGAAAAAAAUAAAACCAUUUUUCUACUACAUUUUCUAGUUGGUCUUCUUUCGUCUUCGUAAAUUUUGGUAGUUCUAUGAAUACGAAAUAAAAGCUCUUUAAGUCGUGCUUUAAGUCAAAGCCAUUCUUAUUCAAGAUAACAUGAUUUGAUUUGAGUCUUAUCUGGAAAAAUAAUGCAAUUAGCAACAAUUAUAAAUAUUACUUCCUUGAGGUUAUGAUAAUCUUCCCCUUGAUCUGCUUGACUUGAGUAAUAUUAUCAGCAUAAUAUUAGGCACGUUUUUCGAAGCCUUUAGUUUUAGUGAACUGCAUCUCUAUAAUGUAUCUGGACCCUUAAGAACAUCGAUAAUACUCUGCUUUUUAGCGGUAAUCUGAGAAUAGUAGCUAAUAAUUUAGUAAGCCUAAAUAUCGUUCAAGAAAUGAAUGAGAAUAUCUUUAUUCUUCUCUGAGUCAAAUAUUCUUUUAAAUACAUAAUCAUUGCGCGCAUCAAGAAAUUUUGAUAAAGCCAUAGGAGAUCCACUUAAACGGCAUUAAUAAUUAUACACAAUUCAGAAAAAAAGGGAAGAUUCAAGGGAAGAUAUAGACCAGCUAAAGAAGUUGCAUUUAUAGCAAUAAUGAAAAAUGGUCAUAUAGGAAUAUUUAGAAGAAUGUAUAUGACACCGUUACCAAUAUAUAAAAUUAUAAUAAACAUGCAAGUUCGGGAAAUAAUGAAAGAGUUGGUUGAUAAUGAAGUGAAAAGAGUAUUUGAGAAAUAUUUUUACCAACAGUUAGAAUAUAUAAAUUAAUGUUUUGGAGAGAUCUACAUCAGAAGAUUUGUACAAUGCUAAAGGAAGAAAUACCAGAGACAUAGAAGUGUAUUCAACAAUAAUUAAAGAAUUAUUACCGCCAGCGUUUUGUGUAGAGCUUGUGAGUUUAGAACCGGAAAAGAUUCUGGAGCAGAGAAAUUGAGGCGAGAGUGGUAGUUGAUAGUACAGUAGAGAAUGCUUCGAUAAUUGUGAGGUCAUUAGCAGCAGAUGCAGCAAGUGUAGUAAAUAAUAAUAUUUGGAACGUGAAAAAUGUUUCACCAGGAAAAUUUAUAUCAGCGAAGGAGAUGAUUUCAAGCCAGAAUUAGAUGCAUGUUUAGUGUGAAUGGUAGAAUGGGUGCAUGAAGACCAUGUAGACAAGUCAAUAUUUUCAGGCGGAGUUACGCUGCAUACUAUCGAGAAAGGAAAAGUGUGUGUUAGACCAUAAUUUUGAGAUUGCUGAGUUAAAUAGAAGGGUAGUGAACGUUAUUCGUAUAGGUCUAGUUAAAGAAGUAGACUAUUAAAAAGCAAGAGUGCGGGUCAAAAUAGGAAAAGAGCAGGAUUGGCUUCCAUGGGUAUAAAAAGGAAAUAAGUAGUGUAGUAUUUAAAGAUGGGACAAAGUUCUCAUAUAACUAAGAAAAGCACCAUCUUAAGAUAGAUGUAGAAGAUAAAAUGACGUUGAAAGUAGGAGAAUCAAACAAAGAGAUGACAAAAAAGGAAUAAAAUUCAAAGCAAAAAGAAUAGAUUUAAACUAAAAUAUGGGUAAAACAAUCGUUUGUAUAGGGGAUUAUUGCGACGAAUACCGGCACAUGUUUGUAUGAGUGGAAGUAGUGAUGUAUUUAAGAAAAGGUAAUCUGUGUGUCGGAAAGGAAAUAUCUUAACUCUGAGAGAGAAGCUAAUAUAAGGUGUACCAAGGACUGAAGAUAUGAUUUUGUCUGGCUCUAAAGUGAUAAGUGGAGGUAAAAAUGUAUUUGCGAGCUACAAAUGUGUGGGAUGAGGAAAAGAGCUGAAAGAAAUAGAACAUUUAAAGCAAUCAAUUAUUGAUAUAUUAACCACUCCUAUUAAUAGCAGAAUAAUGCGGAGAAAUUAUGCGUCGAGGUUGUUCGAAUUAGUUGACAAGCCAAUCAAUGAAGAUAUUACUCUGAAAAUUUAUGCAGCAGUAGCUGCAAACUCGAAUAGAUAAAAAUCACAGAGGAAAAAAUAUUCAUUUUAAAGAAAUUGCAGUAUAAAGAUGUAGCAGCCAGAUAUUACCGAACCAUUAAACUUCGAAGAAAUUUUGUCUCGGAUGAAAGAAGAAUUAAAAAGUCAAGAUAAAUAUUUUACGGCACUAAUUGAAAGUGACCCAGUAAUGAAGAUUUUAGAAGUAUCAGCAUGGCGAGAACUUUUGCUUAGAGAAAGAAUAAAUAAAGCAGUAAAAAGUAAUGUACUGAAGUUUGCAAUGGGAGAAGAUCUCGAUAAUUUAGCUAAUUUAGAGUUUUAUGGAAUGGAGAGGCAGAAAGAUGAUGAUGAUGAACGUUUCAAAAAAAGAAUUAAAGCAAAAAUAUUUGGCUGGAGCAUAAAAAGAAAUUAUCUGUAUUAUUCAUUAUCAGCUGAUACGACAGUUAAAGAUGCAUUAUUAGAAUCAUCUCAUCUCCACACUUCCAGAAGAAUUAUUAAAAAUUGUCAGAAAUCAGCAAAGCAGGGAAGAUGUAAGGAUUUUUACAGAUACUAUAAAAAUGCAUUAAAAGACCAGCUAUUAUUGAAACGGAGAAUAUGGAUUGGAGGACAUUAUACGCUGAGUAAAAGACAAAGUCAAGACAAUAAAAGAAAGAAUAAAAUUUCAGCGUUUUAGAGGAAUACCAGAAUCACUUAAAAAGGCAUUA